AUGGUCUAUGCUGAAUCAGAAGAACGCUAUUUAGAGUUAUAUGAAGAGUUGCAAAAAAUGCCACCGUCAGUUGUAGAGUAUUUCAAUGAAAACUGGCACGAGUCUCGUAAGGAAUGGUCGAUCUCAACGGACUUUGUGCAACAUAAUUUCGGAAAUGGCACAAAUGAUCGUGUAGAAUCGUUGAAUGCGAAGUUAAAAAAAGAUCUUGAUAUCUACUCAUCGCUAGAAGAUUUUACUAAAAAUUUUUUAAUUGCAAUGGAAUGUUCUCACGUUGAAAAAGACCACCGAGCUGCUGUAUUGUACCAAAAACAACCUAUUCUAUUGAAUUAUGCAAAGGAAUCUGCUGAAUUUCGUUAUGCACAAUACGUCACCGCUUAUGCUUUCAAGUUUAUUGAAACAGAAUUCAAAAAAAUUAAUAAUUUAGAACUGGUAUAUGAUCAAAAUUUAAAUGUUUAUCAACACAACGCAAUAUCAGGUGGAGCAAAGUCGGCGACAUCAUGUUCAUGUGAUUGUUUGUCAUAUUCAGCAAUGAGUUUACCUUGCAGACAUAUACUGGCAGUAAGGAAAUUAAAUGAACUAGACCUGUUUGAAGAAAAUUUAUGUGACAAAAGGUGGACUAAAGAAUAUUACUUCAGUAAUCAAAGAGUAUUCCUAUCUUCAGAUGCUCAAAUUCCAAUACCAGAGCCGAUUCUUUCUUCAGUUAGCUACAAAAAAAAAAAUACUAUCCGAACACGAAAAGUUCAAAAAAGCAAAUGA